AUGAACGUCGUCGGCGUCGAGUCCAUGACGGGGCGGUUCGAGCUCACCGGGCUGACCGGCGUCGGCGUCUUCGGCGCGGUGUACAAGGCGUGGGACAACUGCUGCGGCACCGUCGUCGCCGUCAAGCGGCUCAGCGGCCGCGGUCGCCGCGGCCGCCACGGCGGCGGCGGAGACGAACCCUACAGCCUCGUCCACACGGGCGUUCGGGAUCUCGCGCGGGAGGCGAUGAGCCUCUACGCGUGCCGCGGGAAGCGCGGCGUGGCGCACCUGCGGCCCAACGGCGCGUACGCCGAGGUCAGCGGCUCCUGCGAUUCCUUCCUCGUGAUGGACUACGCCGGCGGGUUCAAUCUGAAGGAUCUCAUGAAGCGCCGCCGCAAGGAGCCCGGCGGCGGGAGGCCGUUCUCCGAGAACGAGGUGCGCCGGAUCAUGCGGCGGCUGCUGGUCGGGGUGAACGCCAUCGUCGAGGCCGGCCUCCUUCACCGUGACAUACGGCCGGAGAACUACACGAUCUGCGACCUUGGGAUGUCCGUGCCGGCGGUGGACUCGCCGGGCUACUCGCCGGACGGCGUCCUCACGUCGAUCUACAACGCGCCGGAGAUCCUCCUCGGGUCACGCCAGUACGACAGCCGCGUCGACACGUGGGGGCUCGGCUGCAUCAUGGCCGAGCUGCUCGACGGGCCCGGCGAGCCGCUGUUCGACGGCGAGACCAACCUGGCCAUCAUGGGCAGCGUGCUCCGGGUCAUCGGCGCCGAGGGCGUCAAGUCGUGGCCGGGGCUCAAGCGGCUCGCCGACGAGCCGCAGGCGCUGGUGCGGCGUUUCCGGGACUCCAGCCGCCUCCGGGAAAAGUUCCCCGGCGCCAGGGAGGCCCGCGUGGCGAGGCGGCCGGCGCUGUCGCAGGCCGGCUUCGACGUCCUCAGCGGGCUGCUCGAGGGUAACCCGGAGAAGAGGCUCACGGCGAUAGCCGCGCUCCACAUGCCGUGGUUCGAGGGCUCCGGCGGCCUCCGCCGGGUGAUCGGCAGCUGCGCCGGCACGUCCUUCUAG